AAAUACAUUGCUAAGAUAAGAGACUUGCCACAGCUGUCAGACGAGCACUCUAGUAUGUUCCACAGUACAUUUUGUUGCCACACAUUUUAGAAAGAAAAAGCCACAGUAACAGGAAUGCUAAAAAUUUGGCUUCCCUUCCUUGCUUUGGUGGUAGUCACAGAAGCAGUCAAAUUCCACAAGAGUAAGAUUCUUCACAUGAGAAAGAGGGACUUCAUUGCAAAACGCCAAGCCUCAGUGAAGACCUGUGUCGCCAACCAGUUCAUGUGCGUGUCCGGGGAGUGCAUCCCGAUGGAGUGGGCAUGUGACACCCAGAGAGACUGUCCUGAUGGGUCGGAUGAAGCAGAGUGCAGGUGUGACUGUCUGGGUCCCAACCAGUUCAAGUGUCACAACGGGCAGUGCGUGCCCAGGUCGUCCGUCUGCGAUGCUAUCGAUAACUGUGGCGACUUCAGCGAUGAAACCGACUGCCACCUAGUGACGUGCGGACCAGGAAAACUGCAGUGCGACAACCACAAGUGCAUCGAGGCCACGUCACAGUGCGAUGGCAACGACGACUGUUUCACUGGGUGGGACGAGAGGGACUGUGGUGGCACGUGCAACUCGUUGCAGUUCCAGUGUGCGGAUGGUUCGAGGUGCAUUAACGCCCACUGGCAGUGCGAUGAGGGCGCCGACUGUGACGACCACAGCGAUGAAGUUAACUGUGGGGAAUGCAACUCCACAACUCACUUCACCUGCUCCAGCGGACGAUGUAUUCCUAUUGACUGGAGAUGUGAUGGCGACAACGACUGCAACGACCUUUCCGACGAAGUUGGAUGUCCCACACUGCACCCCAGUCUGUGUAGCGACAUGAUGUCUACGAGGGGCUGCCUUCUGAUGAACGAGACCUCUGACCCCAUCUGUUGGCAGACUGAAGUCGGGUACAAGUACUGUCGCAAGUUCUGCAACCUCUGCUUCACUGGCACCGAACAAUGAAAAAUGGAAGAGUUUCUUUCUGCAGUCUACCCUUUAAAAAAAAUUAGUUCCUUUAUUUUUUUUUAAUGUUUUAUUUUUGUUUGUAGGAGGAAGUGGGCAGGAGACGAGGUCAAAAUAUGCGAGUAAGCUCCCCUAGUCUUUGUCUGUUGUUACUUGGAAAACUUUUACAAACCAGAAUAAUCAGAAUCACAAUCAUUAUCGUCGUCUUGACCGAUCUGAUCCCCAGGUGGUUUGAAUGUGGAAAAAAAAACAAACAAACAAACCUUUUACAAAUGUUCUAGCCAUGCCUAAAUUAAAGAAUUACUAGCAGAGUUUCCGAAGUUUUAAAAUGUUCAUCUGCUGCUUCUGUCCCCUACUCCAGCUAUUUUUAGUUAGCGUAGGCUAUAAAUAGCACACCGUCAUCUCAUGCUAGAGGGCACUGACCUUACUACAGGUAGGUUGUUUAGUAGAAGUGUGGGUUAGGGUGUGGGGUGAAGGUUCAAAACCAGGUUGGCGGUGAACAGCGUGAAAACAGAGCAAAACAUUUCUCAGCCUCGCUUUUGUUUUGUUAAUAAAGAAACAAGGAUGACUGCUGCUGCUGGAGCAUCACACAACUGUCACGACAGUGACAAGACAGGUGUAUCUAGUGUCACAUGACUGACACUACAAACUGGUCACAGUCACGUGACACAAGACACACGUGGCUGGCUGAGUUUAAGACUGGAUGUUGCACCAUAAUGAAAGUCAUUUGUGUGCUCUUAGAGUAUAAUGAAAGCAAGCAAAAUAAAAUUGUUCAUCUUCCG